CUAAUAUUUGAUACCAUUACUACAACCACGAUGGCACCGACAGCCGUAGUUUCUUCUGAUCCUUUUUCUGACCCUCAUCCACCACGACCACCGCCAAAGAAUAGAAUGCCUGGCCCUGUGCCUCACUCAGCACCGUCUGGAAGGGAUGGCUAUGGCCGCGACCUCAGCGAUGCUGUGAAAGAUACUGUUCAAGUCCGUGGUAACUCUACGACCGACUAUUCGCCUCGCCAUCUUGGCAGGAGCCAGACAGCGGUUCCGCCGCCUGCCAGCUCGCCUCGUCACCAAGGCAUGGGAAGAAGAUCCCAUUCACAGGAUUCUGUACCUGCAAACUUACAGGAGCGACCCAAGUCGUCCAAGUCUCGCACAAAGAAGGGCUCGCAGCAUGCAGAUGUUAUCGAUAGGCUCGAUUUCACUGGUGUAGGGCCAAUGUUCCACCAUGACGGUCCGUUUGACGCAUGUGCUCCAUCCCGCAACAAGCACCCUCGCAAGGCACCCAUGGCUGCAUGGUCGCCUGCCGACCAGCCCAACGACGGUCCAUACCCACCGGCAACCACCUUCAAUGCUUUCUCUGGUUAUGAUGCACCCAAGAACAAAAAAGUAGACGCCAUUGCAGAGGCUUGGGGCAUCCACGAGCCAGAACCAUACGAGGAAUUUUUUGCAGGCGGCGGAGCGCGGGGCGAUACCCCUGCCAGCUCCAUCUACAAUGGAAGAGAGGGACAUAGAUCGACGCCAAAACGGACAAAGGAGAAUCAGCGAGAGACACAGAGCGAUGAGCCGUCCAGAUCCCGAGGGACCAGACGUACCAUGCCUCCUCCCAAGCCUAUCUUUGUUCCAGAAUCCGAAUAUCAUGAUCCCUCAGGCUCGCCUCCUGCUCAAUCGCCUGGCUUGCCCAAGCGGACCAAAUCCCUUAUGCAUCGUAUUCGCAAAAUGCGAGAGUCGCCCAACGUUCCCGUCGACGCUGACUUCGAACCUAACCCUCCUCCUUCAUCGCCUUCGCCUCCUCCUGUCGACCACAACGGCAGACCGACGCACCGCCCCCAGAAUUCGUUCUUGGGCCGAUUUGGCACGACAAGAGCGGAGCCGCACUCGGAGCCGUUCAUUCUCGUCGAACCCCAUACCAACAAAGACUUGCCAACACUACCGCCCCAAUCUCCUCAAGCUUCACCGUCAUCGGGCUACUUUGAUGGUCAUGGAUCAGGCGGCAACGUUGGAUCCCCUGGGGGAGGUCUGGGACGAAAGACCAGCCUUAUGAAGAAGAUGGGAAGAGUUGUACGUGGCCGGUAGGCGUCUUCUCAAGCCUUUGUACCAUCCAGUGUUCCCAUCAAAAGUUAUUCCAUGUGUUUACGUCACGUUUUUCUCCAUAUGUCUCUGUAUAUACACAUCGAGGCCACCGCUUCUUUGGACAGCUACUUCUCCAUUCUGCACCUCUCGUGUUCUCCUGCUGCGAGAUAACGACCUUCUCCCGUCCGUAUUCUUUUUUUGGUGUAUCUUGUCUCUUGAUCCGACGUAAACUCCGCUGUUUCGAUAUCUACGUACACACCAAAGCAUGUAAAGUAGAUUUUCUCUCGCCUGUAGCAUUUGUAUGAUCAAUAAGUAUAUUCUGUUUUUAUACGCUGACAUUCUACCCCAGCCUGACACAAACUUCGUUGUCAUCGAGACAUUUUUUGACAUCUUUGAUGCCCACCUCGCCACGAUGGAA